UGAGAUAUUCCAGCAUUUCAUCAUUAUUUUACAGGAUUAGUCACUGUUUUUGAUACAGACCCUUUCUUUCAGUUUGUUUUUGUUUGUUUUUCUGUAGAAUUCGAAUUGCGAAAUCAUUAUUAUUUUUUUUAAUGCUGAGAAAAGUUGAAGAACUUUGUCCUGUUUGUGAUCUGAGAUAUUUUUGUAACCUGUCAACUUUUGAUAUUGAUACGGAACCAUUUUUGUCUGGCGUGGCUUAGUGAGUGAUUACAUUCCCUUUUUAGAUAAUUUCUUUCUUCGAUUUUAUUCAUAAUUCUGUGUAUUUCAUUCUAUUCCCUUUGAAGUGUUUCCUCUGUUCAAAAGAUUAAUUUAGUCAUCACUCUCAUAGGAUCUGCAAGUUCAUCAAUCAAAGUCUUCUUCUUCUACAACUUUCGUGAAUAUGGUAGAACGAAGCCGCAGCUUCAAAAUACCAGGAGCCGAGACAACUGAUCUAAGAAUCGCUCUUUAUGAGCGCAAAGAAGUAGUUGAGAGGCUCCAAGAGGAGUUGAAUGCAGAGAGAGAAGCAUCUGCCACGUCAGCGAGCGAGGCAAUGUCAAUGAUUCUUAGGCUGCAAGGAGAGAAAGCUGAGCUGGCAAUGGAAGCUGGACAAUACAAGAGAAUGGUCGAAGAGGAAAUGUCUCACGCUGAGAUGUCGUUUGCGCUUUUGGAGGAUUUUAUUUACCAGAAAGAGAUUGAAAUCACUGCUCUUGAGUACCAAGUGGAAGCUUAUAGAAGCCAGCUUUUGAGCUUGGGGUAUAGUGACUUGAAUAGCUUAGAUGUUAAGCUUCAAGAAAAUGACGAUCAAGAUGAGAAUGUGUUGAAGAUGAAGAUGGAUCAUCUGUCACUGAGAGAUAGAUCUCAAACACCCUCUCCGGUUACUGAUCUUUCGAUUCCGGUGGAAAAGGAGGUUAUUGAGGAGAGCUUGGAUUCACAGAAGAGUUCCUUAGAUGUGUACUGGGAGCAGAUCAAGAAACUGGAUGAGCAAGUCAAAGAGCUUACAGAUUUUAGAGAUUCGAUGCAAUACAAUACUUCAUUGUCUGAAUCUGGAUUAAACAAGGGAGAAGAAGAUGUUGCAAGCUCAUCAAAGUUUCAAGAAGAUACAAAAAGAAACGAGAAAGCAAAGCGUUUGUGUAAAAUUGAUGACACUUUGGCGAUAAAGGUUGCAAAGCUGACGAAGAUGGAAAAGAAAUCUCCUAAGCAGACAAAAGACAGAAGCGGCAAGAGAAACCGUGCAGAGUAUCAAGCUGAGUUUCAGCGGUUGAGACAGAGGGUAGAACGGCUUGAGCGGGGAAAAACUAACACAGACCCUGAAAAUAGUGGAGUGCUUAAGCAAGAAGAGAUUAGUAUACUGAAGGAAAUGAAGGAGGGGAUAAGUUCUGUGCAAUCAUCUGAAGUAAAGAUGUUGAAUACAAUGGAGAACUUAAUACAACCUUGGAUUGAUCCAGCCAUUGUUUCUGUUCAAGAGGCAAUGCUUUACUUCUGGCUAUGAGACAAAGAAAAGAAAGGUACAAGAAGAUUUUUGUUUUAGUUUUGAGUGUUUGUCAUUGUGUUAUGUUUUUGUUUGCUUGAAGUCGAAAUCUGCAACUCUAUGUAUAAAAAGCCUCACGAAUUUUCUGUGUAGAUUGUCUUUGUAUAGGAAUUACCAAAAACGUUUAUCUUGUAAAUUUUUUGUGUAUAAUUAUCUAUUGAAGAGAAAUGCAAGGUAUUGA